AUGAACAGCUCGCUGUCGUGGUUGAUUGUGCUGCUGAGCUUGUUCGGCGCGAGCUUCGUGUUCUACCUGAUCCUGUCGACGUGCAUGGGUCCUCAACUCGUUCAAUUGUUCCGCGGCUGGGUCAACAGGCAUUACCGGUCGUCGAAGCGGGCCGAGUGGGAUUCGGGAGGUGGAGGGUAUCGCGAGUUGAGCGCUUCAUCACGGUCGUCGAGACGAGCUUUCCUGGAUGGGCGUGGAGGAAAUGAGGGAUACGAGAUGGCGACAUUCGGGGCAGACGAGUGA